AUGACAAGCCAAUUGUCGACCGGAAGUAUUCCCACCACUGCUGCCGAAUGGACUAUCAUUCGAGACAAGAUCUUAGCAACAGCGCGAUCCCCAUAUACUCCCAGAGAUAAGCGGGUACUAUGGUGUCAGGGUAUCAUUGUGUGUCUGAGUGGAUUUCUAUACCUUGCCGCCUUAAUGCGCCGGGCAAGCGAAAGUGGCCUGUGGUGCUUCAAAAAAGACGUUGAUGGAUAUUGGCGCCCAAAUGUACAUGUUGCAAUACCGCUUGUCACUAUCAUAUAUGCUGCUACUCAAUCUACUGCAAUCGGGCUCAUACUCAUCGGUCCGCUUACCGAUGGUAAAGCUUGGGCUGUUUUAUAUGCACUGCCCUCCUCCAUCUUUCGUCUUCGUCGGCGAGAUGUAUUGGGAUCCACUGCACGCAUCACCCGUCGCCGAGUUUUGCCUCCAAAGGUCUUCAACUCGCUGAUCUUGAUAGGCUAUCUGACCGGUCUCCUUCCUGUUCCUUGGUUGUGCUUCACGGUUUAUUGGGUUCAGAUCAUCCACCGUCGCCUUGAAGCCUUUGAACUGAUCGUCAACGACUUGAUCGGACAUCUGUCUGCUAUCCCGCAAGAUAUGGGUACAAGCCUUCUAUUGGCUGUGAAAACUGGGCGCGAGCUUCUUGACUUGCAAGACUCUGAAAAUCAAACGCUCAACAACCUUCGGAUUUUCUCAGGAAUUUGGUUCCUCGUUUCUUUUACUGCCCUCAUCAUUUUCUUAUCAGCAUCGUUUGCCCUCUUGCUGGCCUUCACACGCCAGAUCGAGAUUCUGGGUAGAAUCCAACGCGAGCGCGAACAGCUUCUCUCAAGCCGAGUGUCAAUUGUCUCCGCUAUUACACCGGGAUCCGCACUUACCACAGACAAGGCCGACUGGCGCAACGAAGGGCAGAAAACUCGAACAAAGCCAUCAAAUCGGAUUUUCGAGCGAAUCUCGGUUUGGCUACCCUCACUUCAGCCAGACGAGGACGACGAUCCCCUUGAUAGAAACUCUAACGAGCCCCGAAAUCCGUUCGAAAGAAGACCCAGUAACCCUGGUAGACAAAUGUGGCUUGCAGGAAACGAAGGAAACCUGAGACAAAAGGUUGCGGCUUUGGACCGAUGGGAUGGAGGUCGUAAGGGCGACGAGUUAGCUAGAAAACAUCGGAAACGCAUGAUUGAAUAUUGCGUGCGCUACACUUGGCAGACUGUUUUCUGUACGCUGAUCGCGACGUCCUACAUCGUUCUCAACAUCUUCGUAGUCUGCAAUGUUCUAGAUGCGCCAAGAUCAAUCAGUCUCAGCCAAUUAUUCCGAACGAUUGAGCAGUGGGCUUCUUGGUCAUGGGGAGGAGGUCCUGGAGCUGUUCUCGGGCAGCUAGCAUGCGUCGUUGCUUUUUCGAGGAAUCCAUCUCUUCCCCGUGAGCCUGAGAGUGGCCCUCCGGUUUCUACGGAGAUGAUGAUCGACCAGGAUUCCGAGGACGACGAGGAACAUGAAAUACAUGAAGCUACCUAUGCGCUUGCUCGUCGGUCUCUUCCCUCUUCCGCAUGGUUUUACCGACGCCAUUCUCGCACCUUCUUGUGUUGA